AUGCCCGUAAUAAGGUGCUCAAUGCCCCGUUAGCGAAGGGUUACAUCACAGCGCGACGAAGUGCUACCAUUUCUGGUUCCACGAAACUCUUAAAAAGUGUCGCCCGCUGAGCACCGCGUGACACACCGAGCCUUCCGAGGGCAUCUGCGGCGGCACACAGUCGGGAUCAAUGGCGACUACUGCCGAGACUGUCGGUUUCUGGGCGUUUCAAGCGCGGAUUUGGAUUGCGUACGGUAUUCUGCUCUGCCUCCUGACAUGGGUGUUAAACGUGGUGCGCGAGUGGUGGAGCGUGCGUCAAGCUCUCAAGCCUCUGCCCGGCCCUCCGGACGCUGUGCCUUUCUGGACUAUGCUCAAAAUGUAUCGGUCUAGGCGCGAAGUCAUCACCCAUAAGACGGCAGGCACCGAGUUCUCGCACCUGCUGCGGGCUUUAUGCGAGAUGUACAAGGACCGGACAUUCAAGGCAUACCUUGGCUUUUCGCCGUUCGUGAUUAUACAAAACCCCGAAAACGCCGAGGUCCUUCUUUCGAACACGGAGAACCUGAGGAAGCCCUUGUUCUACACUUUCACCAUACCAUGGUUGGGACCAAGAAAUAUGCUUUAUAUCGCAGGGAGCGUGUGGCGUUACAAAAGGAAGUUCCAGAUGCCCGCCUUUCACUCAAAGACUCUGGAGAAGUUCACGGGAGUGAUAAACGAGCACGCAGACAGCAUGGUUGAGCGCCUGGAAGAAGCGUGCGCCAAGAAAGAGCUGGCUCCCAUACAAGAAAUUGUCAAGCGGUGCAGUCUGGAUCUCAUCGGAGAAGUCCUGAUGGGCGUGAACUUGAAUACUCAGAAGAACCAGAACAGCCAGUACGGCGAAUAUAUUGCUGGGGUGACAUUUCUCAUGGCAGUGCGAGCCUUCCGACCAUGGAUGUGGUUUAACAGCAUCUACAACAUGUCCUUCGAAGGCAUGUGGUUUCGGAAAAUGAUCAGCGGCAUCAAUGAAUUCAAUCUAAAGAUCAUGGGAGAACGAAAGAAGACAUUCCAUCUGUACAGGAACCAGGGGGACAUCAGCGGCAGCGAAGACGAGGGCGUCAAGGACAAGCAAGAGGAUCAGCCCGAGAGACGUAUGGCAGUGAUCGACAUCAUGCUUGACAAACACUUCAAGGACCCGAGCUACACAAUGCAAGAGAUACGCAAGGAUAUGGACUUGCUGAUGUUUGCGGGUCAUGACACUACCUCUAUUGCUUUGGGAUGGACAUUCUACCUCUUGGGACUUCAUCCAGAACUCCAGAAAAAAGCCCAGGAAGAAGUGGACGCCAUCUUUAUGGACGACAUUAACCGAGACGUCAUGAGAGACGACAUAGACCGCAUGGUGUUCAUCGAAGCAUGUUUUAAGGAAGCCAUGCGCCUUUUCCCUCCAAUACCAUUAAUUGGAAGGGUCCUCGACGAAAGCAUUAAGAUAGAUGGUGUGACAAUUCCUAAAGGUACUACUGUGUUUAUCAACAUAUACACCCUACACAGAAACAGCAACCACUUCGAAAAGCCGGAAGAAUUCAUGCCUUCCAGAUUUUUAGAUGGAGCUGACAAGAAGCGGCACCCUUUCGCAUACAUACCGUUUUCAGCUGGUGCGAAGAAUUGCAUAGGUCAGCGCUUCGCGUAUCGCCAGGCCAAAGUCGUCUUGGCCAAGGUGCUGCGGCGGUACACGUUCAAGGCCAGCUGGCCCCUGGACCGGCUCAAACUGAGUACCGAGAUGGUAACCAAAGUCAAGGGAGGACUCCGCGUCUGGGUGCGUCGCAGGAAGGCCGGCCAGUACGCAUGAAGCGACCAGCAAUUUACUGAUAUGUGUGAUCAAUUUGGCGCUACUGUGUCGGCGGCUAUUAGUGUGCGAACACGUGAACCAUGGCGAGAGAACGCGCUUCUACGGUGCUUUGCCGAGACGCGAAGUCUUGGACGGAGACAGAGCCGACUGCUUUCGAACGAAGAAGCAGUGGUGCGAAACGAUGACCGAGGAACUAUAAGCGUGUAUCUUUCAGAUAUGAAAAAAAAAGAUAGUUUCACUGAAUAGAGUGUGCACGCUGUAUGUUAGUGCAAUAAGCGACGCCAUUACGACUACCAGACGUGCAACGUUCAUCGGCGUCACCGACUGAUAGUUACUAUACUUGAGCCUUGUUCAGUGUAGCGUCAGCAGAACUCUAUGACAAAAUGUCAAGGCCAACUUGGGAAACAAACAAGACAUGUUCUCACAGAAUUGUUAGUUUUCCUAUUACUUUAUGUCAUGCCGAUACAUGCCGUGGAACCACAAUUCAGCGAGGUUAUGAGACACUCAUGGUUACACUGUUAACGUUCUGUUUAUUGUCAUUUUAUUGUCAUACUUUUACAAUAAUGACUCGUAAAAACUAUGAAAUAUUAAAUUAUUGCAAAUACUUAUUUUUAUUGGCGGAUUUUUUCCCGGCUAGUGUAGAUUGUACUGUAAGACAAA